AUGUUGAACCGUCGAAGCAUCUGUCCAGCGAUGAGAUUCAUUCUAUUCCUUCUCUGCUGCGUUGUUUUAGUGAGCGUGGGGUUGACUUCGGAUCCAUGCAAGGACCCGUUCAGGAAAACAGGACCCUGCAGGGCUCUUUUUAGGAGAUGGGGAUAUGACGACGGCAAAUGCAAACAAUUCAUUUACGGCGGUUGCGGUGGAAACAGAAACAAUUUUAAAAGUGAAGGGGAAUGCAAAAGAACCUGCAUGAAUAAAGGAGAUUAA